AUGCACCACCACGACAAUCGCCCGCCGGGAGAGGAUCUCGAGGUGGAGCAUGGUCAUUGCAAACCUGAGCAUAUCACUAGUAUCAAUACCAAUCCCAACACGUUAAGCAGAAGCGACAAGAUGGGCACCAGCUCCCAGGACGUCGAAAAGGGCGAGAUCGAGGCCAUGUCGCCAGUGACCUCGAGCAAUAAUUCUGAUGGCCGGUCUCCAAGCCAUAGCAGGUUCGCCCGGUUCUACCGCCGACAUAAGGUCUGGUUCGACCUCGCUGGCUGGAUCGUCAUAACAGGCUGGUGGGCGGCAAGUCUCGGUCUACAUCACACGGACAUGAACUGGGCCAUUCCUUUUCUCCUCUGGCUGGCCAUUACUCUGCGUUUGCUGACGUGCCAUGUUCCAAUCUCGAUCGUUACGAGGCCAAUGCGUUGGCUUUGGCACAAUACAGCCGUACGCCUGACAGCCUUGAUACCAGAGAAGUGGCGCCUGCCCCUUGGAGCAGCCGCGACAACAGCCAUUAUCCUCAUCGGCCCCUUCUUCAGCGAGGAGAAAGCAGACAAUACCCGUGCCAACCGCGCCAUCAGCUUAUUCGGUCUCAUCGUCCUCUUGGCUAGUCUUUGGGCAACAUCCCGCAACCGAAAAGCGAUUAAUUGGCACACGAUCAUCGUCGGCAUGCUGAUGCAAUUCAUCAUCGCCCUCUUCGGCCUCCGCACAAGCGUCGGCUACGACAUCUUCGCUUUCGUAUCAUCGCUCGCGAGGUCCUUGCUCGGUUUCGCCAAGGAUGGCGUGGCGUUCCUCACGGAUGCGGAGACGGCGCAGACGCCAUGGUUCCUCGUGUCCGUCAUCCCGGCUAUCAUCUUCUUUGUCUCGCUCGUGCAGCUGCUGUAUUACUGGGGGACACUGCAAUGGUUCAUUGGCAAAGCGGCCGUGUUCUUCUUCUGGGCUAUGAGGAUCGCCGGAGCAGAGUCCGUGGUGGCGGCCGCCACGCCUUUUAUUGGGCAGGGAGAAAGUGCUAUGUUGAUCAAGCCGUUCGUGGCAUAUCUUACCAUGGCCGAGCUUCAUCAGGUCAUGUGCUCUGGCUUCGCCACUAUCGCUGGCUCGGUCCUCGUUGCGUAUAUCGGCAUGGGCGUCAAUCCACAGGCGCUGAUUUCGAGCUGCGUCAUGUCCAUACCGGCUUCCCUGGCCAUUAGCAAGAUGCGAUACCCAGAAGAAGAGCAGUCACUCACAGCUGGCAAAGUUGCCGUUCCAGACGAUAAAGAUCACGAAGCUGCAAAUAGUCUCGAUGCUUUUGCAAAGGGUGCAUGGCUUGGCCUUAAGAUCGCUGGUAUGAUUGUCUGUACGCUUCUGUGCAUCAUUGCUCUCGUCGCACUGAUCAACGGUCUGUUGACCUGGUUCGGACGAUAUCUGAACCUGACUGGAGAGUACGAACUCACCAUCCAGCUGAUCUUAGGAUAUCUUUUAUACCCCGUGGCCUUCCUGCUGGGUCCAGAUUUGCUCAAGGUGGCUCGACUGAUUGGUAUCAAGAUCGUCACGAACGAAUUCGUCGCAUAUGAUACUCUGAUUAAGGACCCAGCAUAUGCUGGCCUCUCACCCCGCUCAAAACUCAUCGCGACCUAUAGUCUGUGUGGCUUCGGAAAUAUAGGGUCUCUUGGGACACAAAUCGGUGUUCAAAGCCAGAUCGCACCAGCAAGAGGCGGCGAUGUCUCCAGGCUUGCGAUCUCCGCUCUUCUCACAGGCAUCUUGGCGACGCUUAGCAGUGCGAGUAUUGCGAGACUCGUUGUGCAAGACCAAGCCGCAUUUGUAUGA